GUGUGGACGGGCCGGGUCGGGCCGGGCCGGGGGCAGGAAGAUGGCGAACGUACAGCUGGAGUUCCAAGCCAACGCCGGCGAGGCGGACCCGCAGAGCCGCCCGCUGCUCGUCCUGGGGCAGCUCCACAACCUCCACCGCCUGCCCUGGGCCCAGCUGCGGGGCAAGCUGCAGCCGCGGGUCACCGAGGAGAUCUGGCAGUCGGCUCUAAGCACUCUGAAUCCCAACCCCACUGACAGUUGUCCUCUCUACCUGAAUUAUGCCACCGUGGCCGCUCUGCCUUCCAGGGUCAGCCGACACAAUAGUCCAUCUGCAGCCCAGUUCAUCACCCGCCUGGUUAGAAAUUGCCUUCCAGGAGGUGUCAACAGAUGUAUUGUUAUGGUUUGUGAGCGCUCUGAAGUCUUUGCUUCUGCUUGUGCACUGGCCAGGGCUUUCCCCUUGUUCACACAUCGGUCCAGCGCAUCACGACGCACAGAGAAGAAAACUGUAACAGUAGAGUUCUUCCUGGUUGGACAGAACAAUGGACCAAUAGAAGUGACAACACUUAAAUGUCUGGCAAGUGCUACAGAAGGAGUCAGGCUGGCUGCUCGAAUUGUGGACACCCCAUGCAAUGAGAUGAACACAGAUAACUUCCUGGAGGAAAUCAAAAAAGUUGGCAAGGAUCUUGGGAUUACUCCUACCAUUAUUCGAGAUGAGGAGCUGAAAGAGAGAGGCUUUGGAGGUAUCUAUGGAGUUGGCAAGGCAGCCCUGCAUCCUCCUGCCCUAGCAGUUCUCAGUCACACUCCAGAUGGUGCUACACAGACCAUUGCAUGGGUGGGCAAAGGUAUUGUGUAUGACACUGGAGGACUCAGCAUUAAGGGAAAGACUACUAUGCCUGGAAUGAAGCGAGACUGUGGUGGAGCAGCUGCUAUUUUGGGUGCCUUCAAAGCCACUGUAAAGCAAACUUCAGAACAUGAGCUGAUUCUUCAAGUCCAGAUUUCUUCAGCUGUGGACUUUCAUAAUGAGGGUUUUAAAGACAAUCUUCAUGCUGUUUUUUGUUUGGCUGAGAAUGCAGUCGGACCAUGUGCAACAAGACCUGAUGACAUUCACGUUCUUUACUCUGGAAAAACUGUGGAAAUCAACAACACUGAUGCAGAAGGGAGACUGAUACUGGCUGAUGGAGUAGCUUAUGCAUGCAAAGAUCUGGGAGCUGAUAUCAUUCUUGAUAUGGCCACUCUUACUGGAGCUCAGGGAAUUGCUACAGGGAAGUAUCAUGCUGCUGUCCUUACCAAUAAUGAAGAGUGGGAAAAGGCUUGUGUUAAAGCUGGCAGGAACUGUGGAGACUUGGUCCAUCCUCUUGUCUAUUGCCCUGAGCUCCAUUUCAGUGAAUUUACCUCCGCUGUAGCUGAUAUGAAGAACUCUGUGGCUGACCGAGACAAUACUCCAAGCUCCUGUGCUGGGCUCUUCAUUGCUUCUCAUAUUGGCUUUGACUGGCCUGGAGUCUGGGUCCACAUAGACAUUGCUGCACCUGUUCAUGCAGGUGAACGAGCUACUGGCUAUGGUGUGGCUUUGUUGCUGUCCCUGUUUGGAGGGGCAUCUGAAGACCCUUUGCUAAACAUGGUGUCCCCUCUAGGUUGCAAUGGAGACUCUCCUGCAGAAGACAUGGAGAGAGAUUCCAAAAGGCGGCGCCUGAUUUAAUGCACCCCAACCCUGAGUGUUGGGGAGCAUGGGUUACCUCACUUUGCACUGAUUCAUUCUCAAGCAAUGGAAAUGUCACAUGUCAGAAAUUGCCAUUUUUUUUUUUUUUUACUAUCAUGAUAAGAUUUAUUACUUGUUUAUGAUAAAACCAGACUGAUUUCUUGGUUUUUUAAAUUAUUGGUGCACACAGUUGCUGAACAGAGUCAGUGGUGCAGAGUCCAGGCUCAACUAACUGAAUCAGGACUAGGGUGCAUCCUCCUCUGAGCUCCUCACAAAACCUAACUAAGUGCAUUAAUGCAUGAGGAGCUCUCUUUAGUCUGAAGAAGCAACUGCAGUUAUUGCUUACAAAGCCUUCUGAAUUACUUAUUGUAUGUGAGGUUUUAUCAGACGUUUCUGCAGGCCCCUCUACAUCUCAGAAUACAGGACAAGGAAAAAAGCCUCUGUAGACUUGGCUUACUCAGUGAUGAUUUAGCUUAGCAAUGAAGGAGAUGUAAAGAGUGAAGGCCUAUAGUUUUAAUAAGGUGCUGUUUCCGCAUGUUUAAUGUUUUCCUGACCAGUAAAAAUCAGUGAGAGUGGUCUAGAACAUAUCUCUAUGUAAAUCUUUCACAUACAGAUUACAGAAUGUAUUCAUGUUAAAUGAGGGGAAAAAAAAUAAGGUGACUGUGAUUGAGUGAAAUCGGUUUACAAAGCAGAGUGGCUUCUUGCCACUUAAUAAAUUUAUUAUUAUUAAAGCAGCUUACAUAUCCCA